AUGGUGACCUUCCCCGAUGUGGCUGUGAUCUUCUCCCCAGAGGAGUGGCUGUGCCUGGACGCCUCUCAAUGGAAACUCUACAGAGAUGUGAUGUUGGAGACCUACGAGCACCUGCGGGACAUAGGUUAUCAAGACAUCAGCGCCUCCCUGUCAUCUUUGUCUGGUAUAAUGCAGGCAAUCAAACCUGAGGAUUCUGUACUCAAAGGAAGAGGCACGCCAUUCUGGGUUGUGAAUGAUCUUGUGCUGUUGGACCCAGUCUCAAGGGAACUGCCCUGCCUGUAUCAUGAUGGGAAUGAGGAACCACAGAUCAUCUGUUCAAUGGAGGAUCGGAUUGAAGAGAGGGUCCGUAAUAUGGGGAUGCACUCUUUUGGGCACAGUGCUCCUGAUCCUGUUAUGCCCAGUCACAGGACACAGACCUCCACAGUUGGAUCCCCUUGGGUCAAAAAUCCACUAGUGUUUGUUCUAACUCCCUCAUAUCAAGAUACUCUCAAGCAUAUUUUCCAUGGAGCAUACCCCACUAUGUAUAAACAAUGUGAUGGGGACUUCUCAUGUGCUCAGCACUGUGAUGUUCCCUUAUAUACCCCUACUAUACAGGAUUCCUGUGAUGGUAAGCGAGGUGGAUUCAGUCUGAGAGAACUGUUACACCGGAAUGAUCCAAAGGAAGUCUGGAAAGGAAGCAAAUGUCAUCUAUGUCUCAAGAAUGGCAAGUCCUUCACUUACUCUUCGUCGCACACUGAACACAUGAAAAUUCGUAUAGUAGAGAAGUCUUAUAUGUGUCAGGAGUGUGGAAAGUACUUCACUCAAUCUUCAAAGCUUAUUAAACACAUAAAUAUUCAUAAGGGAGUGAAGCUUUACACAUGCAGGGUCUGUGGAAAGGCCUUCAAUGAAUCCUCAUUGCUUAUGCACAUGAAUAUUCAUACUGGAGAGAAAACGUUAGGUCAGGAGUGUGGGAAAGCCUCAAACCUCAAACCUUCCUGGUCACAUAAAAAUUCAUACAGGAGAAAAGACUUAUUCAUGCAGGAAAGCCGUUACUAA